AUGGCGAUGGCGUCGACGUCGACGUGGACGAUGCGCGCGCGCGCGUCGACGUUCUCGCGAGGCGGUGCGCGAGGCGCUGAGGGCGCGACCGCGCGCGCGAUGGAGAGCCGUGGACGACGCGCGCGAACGACGACGACGACGACGACGCGAGCGUUUUUGAAUUUUGGCAAGAAGACGACACCCGGGGGGUCCGGUGGCGUCGUCGAUCGCACGCCGUACCUGUGCAUCGACUGCGGGUACGUGUACACGGGCGGGGACUUUAAGAAGCUUCCGAAUUCGUACAGGUGUCCGACGUGUAACGUCGGGAAGAACCGAUUCAAACCGCAAGGCGGGGGGUCGCUCUUGGCGCAGAAGAAGGCGAAUAAGGAGGCGUUCCGAGCGAAACGCGCGGCGGCGGAGAAGAGCGCCGCGCGCGGCUCGGGACGAGAAGCGCUCAAGAAAAAGAUGAUGGAUGCGCAGAAGGAACAGGAUCAAAAGCGCGGGCGAUGGUUCUAG